CCAGUGGGAAAGUUUUCUUUGAGAAAAAUUGUAUAUGGGAAAGAGGUGGUGGUUGGUUUGGAUGUUUUCGUUUUCAGCACCUUCUCCUUCAACCUUAGUCUCCCAAAACCACUGUCACGGUAAAGACUUGUUACCAGUCCCGUUCGCACACCCACAACAACCUCUCUUAGACCAUCUGCUCCACCAUCUUCAACGCCACCAACCUCCUCGUUUUGGAUCAUGCUGAAGUGACAGAGAAGAUCCGUGGACGAAAAAAAACUGAAAGCAAGUGAUGACAAGUGCCUUAUGGAAGAACCAAAUGACUUUGUUUGUUAGGGUUUAUAGCACGGUGUUACUUCACUGAAGCAGCGUGCAUUGUGUUCGCAGGUGGCACCAAUUGAUGAGGAGGCUAGGAAGCAUUCGGAGCUAUGCAAAGCAUCUUCGUAUAGAUGGUGUGAAGGAUACUAUAGCUGUUGCCUCUGGCAAAGGUGGUGUUGGCAAGUCAACCACUGCUGUUAAUUUGGCUGUUGCACUUGCAAGAAAGUGUCAGCUUAAGGUUGGUUUGCUUGAUGCUGAUGUGUAUGGACCCAGCAUUCCCACCAUGAUGAACAUCAAUACAAAGCCUGAAGUCACUCAUGAUAAGAAAAUGAUUCCUAUUGAAAAUUAUGGAAUCAAAUGUAUGUCAAUAGGGUUACUUGUGGAGAAGGAUACCCCAAUUGUUUGGAGAGGUCCCAUGGUAUCAAAUGCUCUUGAAAAAAUGACAAGGGGAGUUGACUGGGGUAACCUUGACAUUCUAGUGAUGGAUAUGCCUCCUGGCACUGGUGACGUCCAGAUAGCUAUGUCUCAAAAUCUUCAAUUAUCAGGUGCACUGAUUGUUUCAACUCCUCAAGAUGUUGCAUUAAUGGAUGCCAGGAGGGGAGUAAAAAUGUUCAAUAAAGUUGAUGUUCCGAUUUUGGGAAUUGUUGAGAACAUGAGCUGCUUUAAGUGUCCGCAUUGUGGUGAACCUUCAUACAUAUUUGGUAAAGGAGGGACUCAAGGGACAGCCUCCGAAAUGGGAUUAGAACUUUUAGGCAAGAUACCACUGGAAGUGGAGAUCAGAGAAGCUUGUGAUCAGGGGCACCCCAUAGUGUUGGCUGCACCUGAUUCAGUAGUUUCCAGAGCAUACGGCGAGGUAGCUGAAAAGCUUGCUCAGAAACUCAAGGAACAGCAGUUCCAACCGGAGAUAAUACUAUGAAGUGCUGCUUUUAAACAUGUUACUCCGCGACCAAGUUACCAGUACAUUAUGCAUCCUUUUAUUUAAUAAAAGAAGACCUAGCUAAUUGCCCUGAUACUCUGUAUACGGGAUCUGGCUUCUUUUAAAUUGUCUAAAUUGUGGUAUAAGAUAUAGGCCCGGCACAAGAUUAGUAGAUAUAGAACUUUUGGAUUGAAGAGUUAUAGCAUAGCUAAAGCAACAUCUUGUGAAAGAGAAUGCACUGAGAAAUCUAUGAUUCUUGACCAAGUAGAUGUGGUAGUUUUUACGCAAGGUGUGCUAGAUGCUUCCGAGCAUCUGAUUGGGUGUGUUGCUAUGGGGAAUAUGUUCUUAAAUGUUGAAAAGAAAAUUGAGUUGAUUUUUUGAGGUCCAAACUUGAGGUGAAUUCGACAUGCAUCUUUCUUAACGACCUUUCGCAGUGGCUGCCUAGGUUGAACAUUCGUCACAAGAUUGGUCAACCAACCAAUUGAAAGCAAACUGAAUAUCUAGCCUCAACUUUUUGGGGAGAUUGGAAUAUGUAUUAGCGAUUACUACGUACACAUUUUACAAACGUGUAAAGCAUAUUUUUUUCUUACUUCAAAAAGAAAAGAUAAAAGGGACAUUGUACUCAUCUCUACUUUAACGCCUUUGUUAAUAUUUA